AUGUCUUCCACACCACAGCUCUUUGACGUCCUCAGCUUCUCUGCCAUUCAGGCAGCUUUUCCUUCACCUCAUCCGGCGAUCGGAGCAGGUGCCAGGUCAACCGGUUCGGCACAUGGGCCCUCCGACCAAUCCCCAUCGUCUUCUUUCUCGGCUUCCGCAGCAACAUCUGCUUCGCAUCAAGAGCAGUCCGGUCGGCGCCCCUCGCAGAAUUCGAGCGAAGCACCUGCCAAGAAGCAGCGCAAGCGCAAGCGUAACUUCUCCAGCGCCGAUCGAGUCGUGCACAGCGUCAUCGAGAAACAACGUCGGGAGGCAUUCAACGAAAAUCUGCAGGCCCUCGCUGAACUCAUUCCCGAAUUGCAAGGUGUCCCAGCGUCACAGCUCUUCAAGACGGUGGUCGUCAAUGCAUCAUCUGCGUACCAUCACAGGCAGUCCGGAUUCAUCAAGGCUUGUCUCGACGAAAUCGAAGCGCUCCAGCAAAAAUGCCUCAACCUCCAGCAAACGGUCUCGCUGCUAUCCGGUUGCGCGCAAAGGACGAGCGAAGAUCUGAGUUCGAGCAAUUUCAAGCGCGUCCAAAGCGAGUUGUGCAAAGAUCGCAUCGCUCUCGAAGGUGGCUGUGGCGGCCGAGCUCGUUCCGCAUCGACCACACGCUCGUUGCCCUCAUUGGACACCGACAGCCAGGCUCUGCAAGUUGGAGACUCUGAAGCACGUCCUACUUCAGCAAAAAGUCUCGGACUCGACCAGAGCGAUCAUGCAGCAGCUCUGGUUCUCGAUCUGCCCGAUAGCUUGUUCCAUCACUCGCCACAGGCGCCAGCAGCUGCUGCAGUCGGACCUGACUUUGCUCAAAUAACCCACGAUGGGCAAGCGUUGGCCCUAGAGCGCAUCCUGCCCAAAGCGGGACCAGAUGCGAUACCAGCGUUUCUGCUGCACGGCGAAGUCACAAACCAAGCGUCGGAAGCAAUGCCGUUCCCCUGGGAGAGCUUUUCUCCGGACAACUUUUUCUAUCGACAGCUGCUUCAAGCACGCACCCGCAUGUAG